UUUUUUUUAAUUUUUCCCUUAUUACUGAGGUGCAGCGAAGGCGGCGAAGUGAGAGGAAAAUGGAAGUGACAAUGGCGGAGCCCGGCGAAAUACUGCCGGAGCGAAACGUCGACAUGGAGGCGCUGUAUGAUAUGCUGCGUCAGAGCAAGGGUUCUACGGAGGAGAUCGUCGCCAAAAUGUUGGCUGUUAAAAAAGAAGCUCAACCGAAAUCCCAGCUCCGAGAACUUAUUACUCAGACUCUCCUUAAUUUUGUUACUCUGCGUCAGGCUAAUAGGUCCAUCUUGAUUGAAGAAGAUUGUAUUAAAGCGGAAUCUGAGCGUGCUAAGGCACCUGUAGACAUGACAACCUUGCAGCUUCACAACUUAAUGUACGAGAAAAAUCACUAUGUCAAAGCAAUAAAGGCAUGCAAGGAUUUUAAGACGAAGUAUCCUGACAUUGAACUUGUACCUGAGGAAGAAUUCUUUAGAGAUGCACCGGAAGAAAUUAAAAGCCCUGUAUUAUCAACUGAUAGUGCUCAUAAUUUGAUGCUCAAAAGGCUCAACUACGAGCUCAGCCAGCGCAAAGAGCUAUGCAGGCUGCGUGAGAAAUUGGAACUACAAAAGAAAGCUCUCGAAGAGACAAUUACUAACAGGAAAAAGUUCUUGUUGAGUCUCCCUUCUCACCUUAAGGCCCUCAAGAAAGCAUCAUUGCCUGUGCAGAAUCAGUUAGGGGUUCUGCACACCAAGAAGCUAAAACAGCUUCAGUUAGCAGAGUUACUUCCACCUCCUCUUUAUGUUAUAUACUCUCAGCUUCUCGCUCAGAAGGAAGCCUUUGAAGAGAAUAUUGAACUAGAGAUAACAGGAAGUAUAAAGGACGCACACGCGUUUGCUCGUCAGCUAGCUAACAAGGACUCUGCUGCCUCAGCAAAUUCAGAGAACUCCAAGCUAGAGGAUGAUGUUCCAGAUGAGGAAGAUGAUGGUCAAAGGAGGAGAAAGCGGCCAAAGAAGGUUUCUAGCAAGGAGAAUCUUGAACAAUCUGGAAUAUAUCAGAAUCAUCCACUUAAAGUUAUCCUCCACAUAAAUGACGACGAUGCUUCAGACUCGAACUCGACUAAACUCAUCACCUUGGAGUUUGAGUUUUUAAUAAAAUUGGAUGUUGUAUGUGUAGGGGUUGAGGGUUCUGAAGAACCCCCUGAAAAUAAUAUCUUGUGCAACUUAUUUCCAGAUGACACUGGCUUGGAGCUCCCUCAGCAGUCGGCUAAGCUCUCUUUUGGUAGUUCUCUUUCAUUUGAUGAAAGUAGAGCUUCAAGGCCGUACAAAUGGGCGCAGCAUUUGGCUGGCAUUGAUUUUUUGCCAGAGGUGUCACCUCUGCUUUCAGUCUCUGAAGAAUCAAAUCGUGAAACAACUAAGCAUCCUUCUGUUUCAUCGGGUCUGUCAGUUUAUCGUCAGCAAAGCAGGGUGCAGACUGUCGUACAAAGAAUUCGUGCCAGGAGAAAGGCUCAGCUGGCUCUUGCGGAAUUACUCGACUCACUAGGGAACCUUAAAUGGCCAACUUUGACCUGUGAGAGUAUCCCAUGGGCCACACACACACCACGCUGCAAAUUGCAUGGCUGGUCGUUCAUAACUACUGCAAGCAAUGAUUCUGGAUCUUUUUCUGUUGCUGAUGCUGAACAAGGUCAGGAUUUAAAAAAUACUGAUGCACAUAAUAAAACUGGGGUCUCCAAAGAGGAUAUGGAGACUCUAAAAGAGGAUGGAGAGCUCCCAUCUUUGCUUCCAGUUGCUACUGCUGUUAAUGAUGAUGCUAAACUAACACCUUCCAAAGGAUCUGAAUUUGAGCAUUCUGGAAGGCUGAGUUUGAUUUCAGCAAGUAUCAUAUCUCCACUAAAAAACAAGGGGAAGUCGCCAAGUUUUAAAAGGCAAGAGGAUGACAUUGAUCUCAUGCUGGAAUCUGAAAACGAGGAUGAGCCAGUCCAGUUAGAGGAUCUGUCUGAUUUAUCACGGCAGGAGGGACCAGUAGUUGUAGACAAUGCAUGGGCUGAUUAUGGGGUCAAAGGAUAUACUCUUGUGCUAGUCCAGAAGUUGGAUAAUGAUGAUAGGAUCAUGAUACUCAAAGCUAAGAUAAAGAUUAGUAAGGAAUAUCCUCUGAGGCCACCUCAGUUUGAGCUGAGUCUGUAUAAUUCAUUUCAAGGGAAGAAUAAAUCUGAAACCAUACGCUCCGAGUUUUCCAAUGAACUUUCUGCAAUGGAGGCAGAGGUCAACAUUCACCUUAUGAGAAUGAUACCUUUGGAUGAAGAAAAUAUUGUCCUAGGUCACCAGGUUCUUUGCCUUGCAAUGUUAUUCGAUUUCUUCUUCAAUGAUGGGAACCUGUCUUGUAAGCGGAGGUAUAAUACAGUUCUGGAUGUUGGUUUGUGCAAGCCAGUAAAUGGUGAGCUCGUCUCUCGAUCCUUUAGAGGUAGGGAUCGUAGGAAGAUGAUUUCUUGGAAGGAGAGAAGCUGCACUUCUGGCUACCCUUACUGAGUGCUGGGAAUCCUGCUCAAGAAACGACUAGCUCCAUCUUCACGAAGAUUUUUGGCAAUUUACAGAUGAUGGAAUCCCAGUUUCGUAUCACUGCAUUUGACAUCGCUUGCCGGAACUGGUGAUUGUGUUACCGGUGAUCAAGGUUGUGCUGUUAAAUUUUCAAAUUGUAUUUGUAUGUCACUGUUUUGUUUAAUGUCAUUUAUAGUAGUAGAAUGCAACAUUUAAGGAUCCAAA